AUGCUUCCUGCGCUACACGAUCCUGACAGAGCCGCCUUGGCUGCCAGCUGGGAUGACGACAGCUACUUUUGUGGCCAUCCCGAUUCCCAGGGAGAAGAUGGAACCGGCGCCGAUCUGUGGGAAGACGAGCUGAACAAUGACGUUGCGGUACUAGGUAGCCCUCCAGAGACCGAAUCAGUCAGCAGCUUCGACGGCAGCAUCGACAUCGUGAUGGAAUCUGGAUCUCUGGUGUCAAUGCCGACUCUGACCACGGAAGACGACAAUGGCAUGAUCUAUUUCAUGGGGCGAGACGGCAACACCUUCCAGUGCUCCGCGAACGAUAUUGCCGACCAAUCACAGGUUCUGUUUGACAUGAUCAAUGUCGGCGGACGACUAGUUCGGCUGCCUCUGCCGGCGGACGAAGUCGAGCUUCUCGUGAACUCGUUGCGCGACAGCUUCUUCGUACACUGCUGGGCGAACUCGCGUCUCAAGCUUCUGGUUCGAGCAGUGGAGCUCUUCGUUCACUACGGCAUCUGCAAUUGGGACAGGGAAGGGAUCGAAAGGACAAUGAUCGCUUGCUUGAAAGAGCACUGGUCCCCGGACGAUGCCUUUUUUGAGGUGACACGAUACGAUCUCACCGAUGCGUCAUUCACGGAGAGACUCCGAAGUCUUGCUCUCCGCCAAAACAUGGUUUGCCUAUGCGAACAGAUAAACUUGUUGGUGCCAUACUGCGACCAGGAGGAGGAUCGACCUCGCAAAUGGCGCAAAUGCUCGGCCAAGUACGUGUGCAAAGCAGAUUGA